AUGCAAAACCUAAAUGAUCCCAAUCCAGAACUACCAGAUUACAUUAAACCACUGUAUCCAAUAAUUAAGAAGAAACUAAUACAUGAAGAAGAGGCAAGAAUGUUUGCAAAGUUUAAAGAGAUGUUGACUACACUUCAGGCAAUACUAAAAGGGACGAAGCAGAAAGUGGUCAAGGAACAAGUAAACAUGACUGAGAGGGAUGAGAUAGCAGUGCCUCAAACAUUUCCACCCAAACUAAAGGACCCAGGUAAGUUCACUAUCUCUUGUAAUAUUGGUGGAGUAAAGAUUCCACAUGCUUUAUGUGAUUUAGGGUAUAGUAUAAAUGUUAUGCCAUCGAAUAAGGUUAAGGAAUUUAACUUGGGAGAGAUCAUACUGAGUAAUAUGACUCUUACUUUAGCAGAUUCAUUUGUUACUCAUUCGCUCGAUAUCUUACAAGACUUGUUAGUACAUGUCGAUGUUUUAGUGUUUCCAAUGAAUCUUGUGGUACUUGACACAAAAGGAGAUUCGGGAGGGUCGGUUAUUCUCAGAUGCCCGUUCUUGAAAAAUGGGAAAGCUUUGAUAAAUCUGGAAACUGGUGAACUUGUCUUGAAGUUCAACAAAGAAAAAGUGGCACAAAUGACUUCACAGAGAGAAAGAUUGACAAGAGGUUCAUCCUCAAGAGUUGCCCCUACUCCAAAUGCUCCUACCUUCCCCAACCUCAAAUUUCUUUUCGAGGCUCAUGCUGAAAAAUAUCUCAAAUUAGUGGAUUACCAUAUUGUGAGGGAGAGAGCCUUCUUAAUGGAAGAUUUGCAAGGUUUGGGAGAGGUAGUGAAGGUUCUGCAGCAAAGAUGCUGA